GUAAUAGUUACGUAAGCGACGGGUAUACUUUCGAAAACAUUUCAUAACGGUCAAUUUUUACGAUGAGUUCACCUCUGUUACAGACGAAUAACAAUAUUAUUCUGAAUUCCUAUAAUAAUGUUUCAUCAUAAGUAUGAGGAUACUAUUUUAAAAAUAGAAUAUUAUAAAAAUGAAUAAUUAUUCCUCAAAUAAUGCUUUUAAAUAAAAUUGUGAUUUAGUUGGCGGUGAAAAUCCAUAUUGCAGACGACUGUUUAUAAAGUGUAGGGCGGGGUAUGAGUCAGUAAUUUGACUUUGAGUAUUGGCUGUAUUCUUUGUAAAAAAUGUUAAUCUAAAAUUCAGUGAUUGGAAAUGCUAUAAUAUUGAUAAGAAUAUCAUGUCACUAUACGCUAAUAAACAAUUCAUCUUUUUUGAUCAAGGAUUAUAAUGUGGGAAAAACAUAGGGUUAUGAUGGUGACUGAGUCGACAAAAUAUUGCCUAGUUUGGAAAUAUGUGUUGAUUUUGUUGUUUGUCGUGGCCAACUUAACUGGCAUGACAUCGGCGCGCUCUUAUCCUACGUUCAGCGACAAUUCUGUGCGAAUAUAUUUAACAGAGAGAACAUGUUGGUGGAACGAGAUAUGCAAAGAGGAAUUUCAGACCCAGUUCAAGUGCAAAUGCCCGCAGUGGUCUUUCUGCCGGAGUCCAGGGCGGUACUAUAACGCCUACUGCUCGAUGACAGGCACCGGCUACAUCUGGACUCAGCCUGAGCGCAGUUGGUCGCUGCUGCCAUAGUACACGGUUAUGCCGCAACACCCAACAGUAAAUACAGUAUCACAACUAUAAUGACUAAAACACUAUCAUUGAAUUAGUGAGAUUUAGUGAUGUUCUAUCAACAUCGAUCGUGAUAAAAUCAUCAACAGGAGAAAUAACUAAAAAGGUACAAUGAGCACUGAUCAAUGCAAGUAGAGGAAUGACCACAGUUGUGGACCGAUACCUGGUUCUGCCUCAGCUUUGAUGAAGUGAUUGAGAACUCCGAUUUAGAGUCAAAAGUUGAUGGGGCAAUAUUUUCAACUGAUUAAAUACAUUCUCUAUUUUAACACCCACCAGCUUCAUGCUACUAUGUUUUGACCCUUACUAAAGCAACAAAUACUUAUAGUUAGGUAAAUGAAGUAUUACAAACUAACUUUAUUUAUGGGAGGAAUAUUUUAUUUCUCUCAUUUUUUCACUUGUCAGCUGUAUAAAAUAUAAUGUCAUUUGAACUGAUUACACAUUAUAAUGAAUGGUUCAAUUAUAUCAUAAUUUUUUGCCCAAUAAAUUUAUUGAUAAGAGAUCAUUUUACAGUAUUCAAACCGUUAUCAGACAGGUGGACAAUUUCGGCAUUAUUAUUAUACAAAUAUGGAUAAAUAAAAUAUGAAAAGAUCAAAUUAUUACUACAUUUAUCUAGUUGUUACGUCAAUUUGAUUUUAUAGGUUUGAAGUUUUAUUAAUAAUUGUUACUAACGUGUAAUAUUAUUAUUAUUUGAAAAACGAUUGCAAUACAUAAUUUUCAAGUUAUAUGUAAGGAACUCCUGGGUAUUUAUUGUUAAUGAAUCAAUUUAUGAGCUUCCAUAAUAAUUACCAUUUAGAUAGUAACUAGUCAUAAACGAUGUGAAUUAUUCUAGUCUUUCAAUUAAAAUGCUAACAAAUUAUUCUUCCAUGUAAAGGAACAUUGUUGAGUACUUUGUUAAUCUUCCUACUAUGGAGAUUAACUACGUCAAAAACUAGAAUUGGAUUGCUCUUUGAUGGUAGGUUAAUAGUUAAUAGAUACCAUAGAGAAAGGUUAAGCGCAAGUACUUUAUAGUAGUCUACUAUUUGUUUGUCUUCAAGUAGGCUACUAUAUGUUUGUCUCUGUAGAUACUCAACUAGUGAGUUCUCAUAAAAUAGAACAGUAUCAGAAGCAAUAUUGGAUUUCAAUAAUUAUAUAACGUUAGUAUUAGAUUCAUAAGAAAUAAGAAUAGACAGAUUGAUAAUAAUAGAAUUAAGAGACAGUUGAAUUUGAUUUUCGAGAGAGCAGAAGCUUUCUAUUCAGCCAUACUAUGUAAUAUUAUGAAGAAUAUAACUGAUAAAUGAAUUUACUAGAUACUACCAUACAGAAAGCAUACAACAUUAUUACAAGCAUCAUGAAUGCUUAUUCUGAUAGCACUGAUAACUAUGUUUCAUUUUUUCAAUGGUAUGUAAACUUACUUUUUUAUAACAAAUUGGA